CAGAGAAAAGGGAAGAAAAAAAAACCCCAAUAACCGCUUCCCACACCGAAAACACGCACCGCCAUGGAUAAACUAAUAAUGAGGAGGAGAAAGCAGAAGCAAAAGCAGAAUCCACCGCGAGGAGAAUCCGAAGUUGUUUUCCGGCCGCUUCCAGACGGCGUGGAAGAGGAUGAACCACGCAGAGAUCUGUUCAUGGACUUAGGUUACCUCAAGCGAAAAGAGAAUUGGGAAUAUUUCUUCAGGAGCCGAAAACGAGACGAGUUUCUGAUCGAGUGGUAUGCCGAGUGGCCCCAAAUUCAGAGCCUUCUCACGGAUCAGCUCCUUUCUCGGUCGUCGUUACUGCCGGAAUCCGCCGGAGAGGCGGCCGCCGUACAGCCCGGGGAGUUGAAUAUUUUGGUGCCGGGAUGUGGGAGCUCGAGGCUGUCGGAGCAUUUGUAUGAUGCUGGGUUUAAGCAGAUAACGAACGUCGAUUUCUCAGAUAUGGUGAUUAAAAAAAUGUCGGAGAGGAAUAAGAAACAACGGCCGGUGAUGAAGUGGCGUGCUACAAACGUUAAAGCACUUGAGUUUAUAGAUAAGAGCAUGGAUGUGAUUAUCGACAAGGCAGCAUUGGAUGCAUUUGUGGUGUCUCACGAUGCCUAUACAGUAGUGACUCGUUAUAUAUUUCAGGUAAAAAGGAUUUUAAAAGAUGGCGGAAGAUUUAUAUGCAUCACCGUAGCAGGCCCCAUUGUGAGAAGUAUACUUCUCUUCCAUUUCCGGUUUGGAUGGAAAACGAGUGUUCAUGACGUCCCUGAGGAACCAGAAUCGUCCUCCGAAAACCAAAAAGGGCAAGUCUUUAUGUUCGUUUUUGAAAAAGAUACGUGUGCUUCGGUUGGUUUAAUAUCAACAGACAUUAGGAAAUGUGAAAGUCGCGACGCUGAAUCUCAGGAAGGGAAGUCACGUUCUCAACUCAUCAAAGAACUUGAAGACGAACAAAAAUAUCGAGAUAAGUAUUCCGGUGGCAGUGAAGUACUAAACACACUUAAAGACCUGAAUCUUGAAGAGCUUAAAGAGUAUGCACCAGGUCGUAGGAUAAAGCUCAUUUUAGGUGAUCCGGCAACAUAUGCUUAUAAGGGUUUCCUUAUUGAUGCUCAGCAAGAUUCAGGACCUUGCCCUUGCAACUUUGUUGUACUCUUCGUUCCAAUAAGUCAAGUUAAUCACUGGAUCCACUCAUCAGAAGAAGGACAAAAGCGUCUUCUCGCAAAGUUGAAGGCUGCUAGAGCACUGAUUAUUUUAGAGGAUUCCGACAAUUGUGAGGUUCCCUGGGAUGAUAAGAAGACUCAACUCAAACAUAUAGUCAGGAAACUGGCUCCAAGAUGUUGUGAUGUUGGAGUUCCAAUUCCGUUUUUUACAUCAGGUGAAAUGGUGAAGGCGUGUCGCACUGUACUCGAGGUUUUUUCUACCGUGACCGGUAAGAUUAUUGUAGAAGAAACGGUCUACCGUAAGAGGCUUGAUUAUCAUGAUCAGGAUCAAUAUCCCGAAGCUUUUAGUCUUGAUUACGAUGACGAUGAUCUUAAUUCUAAUCCAAAAGAUCAGGUUUUCCGCCGCCUUAUUUUCCAUCAAUCCGCGGGAAUGACGCAAUCAGAAGCUUUGUAUAAAGAAGUAGUAGAGGAAAACAAGAAGGAAAUUCACACAACCAAGAAGAAAAAGAGGCAGAUAAUAUCUGGAAGUAGCAGUAAGAAAGCAUCAAAUAUUGAAAGGGAAAUUGAUCACGACUAUUUGGCACAUCCAUACCACAAUGCAAUUAUUUCUGGAUUGAUGUUGAUUUCUCCACAUCGCAAACGAUUUACCACCAAUGGGCCCAAUGUGGAAACGGUGGUUAUCGGUCUUGGAGGAGGAUCGCUUCCUAUGUUUAUGAAGAAACGGCUAGCUACUGUAAAUAUUCAGGUUGUUGAGAUAGAUGAUCUGGUUUCGGACAUUGCUACAAAAUAUUUCGAUUUUAAAGAAGCUGCACGAUUACGGUUACAUAUAGCUGACGGACUCCUGUACAUUAAGGACAAAGCACAUUCUGAGGCAGCUGGCAAACUUGACAUACUUAUAGUUGAUGUGGGUUCACUAGACCUGAGUUUGGGAUUGAACAGGCCUUCAGAAGAAUUUGUUCAGGAAUCUUUUCUUCGGGACGCGAAAAACUGCCUUUCCGAGGAAGGUUUAUUCGUCAUGAGUGUGUUCUGCGGGCCCUCAGCUUUGAGGGCUGCGAUACAUUCGACUUUAAAGAACGUAUUUGGCGAGAGCCUUCUCUGCCUCCAGCUUAAAGUAGAUGAAGAAGUGUUUUUUGGCCUGAAGAACGAGUCUGCUAUAACGGAGGAUUAUAUUUCUGCAGCUUGUGAUGAACUUGAAACAUCAUUAGAGGCGGCGGUCAACCACAAGUGGACCAAAAGAGUCAUAAAGGCCUCAAAAUUGAUUCGCCCACUAAGAUGAUCAACAGAGCAACUCGUGCUUGUUGUCGACAGUCUGAACUUUUGAACUAUGCGAUGAGAAAGCUAAUUGUGCUUUUGACAUGUUGAUAAUGUUUUGAUGAAAUACUUCAGUUACUCGUAUAGAUUCUUUUCUUAUUUCCAAGAAAUAGUUGAAU